AUCUGUGGGGGUUUCCCUCUCCGAGAAAAUAGAGUCGUUCAGAGCAAUCGAUGAGGUUCUUCGAUUAAGUUUAAUCUGCACCAUUUGGUUAUCUGUCACCUCAUUUGUGUGUUUGCACAAAUCUCACGGUUUAGUUAUCACUGAGAAAUGGAUAGGAGGCUGAACGGAUUCACCGUUCCGUCGAGCUCUAAUGGUGGCACCGGCAGCACAAGAUCUUCAUCCCCAACACUACAACCAAACUACAGUAGCAAACUAGUUCAGGAUGCAUUGGAACACUUGGCAUCCAUUGAUCUGAUUGAGUUGUGCAAACAAGCCAAAGUUGAGCGCUGCCGUGCAACUAGAGACUUGAGAAGCUGUGGUCGCUAUGUCCACCAUGUACUGAAUUCAUGUGGGCAUGCCUCUUUAUGUGAAGAAUGUAGUCAACGGUGCGAUAUUUGCCCAAUUUGUAGAAUCCCAGUUUCAAAGAGUGGUGCUAGACUGCAUCUCCGACUUUAUUAUGAGUGCAUAGAAGCUGGCCUUAUUUCCAAAAGGUUGGACGAGAGAUUUCAAGAAAUAGAAGAUGGGGAGAAACAACUCACUGCUGAUGUCCAACGCCUUUAUUCUUUGUUUGAUGUUGCACUUGAGAAUAACUUGGUUUCUUUAAUUUGCCAUUACAUUACAGAUGUAUGUAUGGAUGAAACUGCUGUUUCCAGUGAUCCUGUCAUAGCAUUUUUGUUGGAUGAAGUGGUAGUGAAGGAUUGGUGCAAGAGGACAUUCAAAAACAUCAUAACUGAAUUACAGGAAAUUUAUAAUCUUGACGUUUUAGGAUUGGAAGAGAGAUUGAGUAUACUUCUGAAAUUCUCAUUAUACUUGAAGGGUAUAUCAAAUGUGCUAGACAUUUUGGAGUCGUCUUUUAAGGGUACUCUUUCAGCACAACUUCAUGAUUUGCACCAUCUCCAAGAGAGCAUAUUAAAGACGAAGCAGCAUAUGGAGAUUAUUGUUUGGUGUACAAGACAUCAAUUUUUGGAGAAUGUGAGAUCCCGUUUUACUGAUAGCUCAUCAUGGGCUUCAGUUGUCCGCAAACGGAAAUCAGAAGCAAUUAGACGUGCUUGGCCUGAUGCAAUAAAUCAAUCUGUGGAGUCAACAGGACAUGAUGGAUCUUUAUUUAUCGAAGAUGCAUUGAAUAAUCUUGAUUUGGAUGAGGGGUUUAUACAUGAAGUCGGAGAGGGAUUUGAAGUUGCAUCCUUGCUGAAGGAUGGAGCGUCAAUUUUCAGGUCUAACACUGAUCGGGCGCUGGGUUACUAUCCCUUCAAAAAUCUCCGUGCUGCUGCUGACUUACUCUUUUUACGUGGAAGUUCUGAUAUGGUGAUAGCAAAACAAGCAAUUUUUCUGUAUUAUUUGUAUGAUCGCCACUGGACAAUUCCGGAUGAGGAAUGGAGAUACAUAUUAGAGGACUUUGCAGCUACAUUUAGUAUUAGCAGGCACUCAUUACUCGAGUCUUUGACUUUUUUCCUUCUGGAUGAUCACACAGAUGAGGCUUUACAGGAAGCUUGUCGCCUUCUUCCUGAAAUUUCUGGCCCGGCAUCUCAUCCAAAAAUUGCUGAAGUACUGUUAGAAAGGGGUAGCCCUGAUACAGCUCUCAUGGUUUUGAGGUGGGCUGGACAUGAUGGUGGACCACACGUGGUUUCACUCAGAGAUGCUGUCACUGCAGUGCGGGUGAGGGUUGAGUGUGGACUUUUGACUGAAGCAUUUAUGCAUGAGAGAAAUCUCUGCACCAGAGUGAAGGAAAAGAAUUUCAAUAAAGGAGCAUCUGGGGAUACUUCUGACAAACUAAAAGGCCAAUAUAAUAAUUGGGUGGCGUGGGUGGAGGUCCUGGUGACUGAGAUUUGUUGCCUCUGUAUUAGGAGGAACUUGGUGGAUCGAAUGCUUGAAUUGCCAUGGAAUUCUGACGAAGAGAAAUAUAUACACAAGUGUCUUUUGGAUUAUGCUAUUGAAGACCCGCUGAGGACAACUGGAAGUCUGCUUGUUGUGUUUUAUAUUCAGCGCUACAGGUACUCCGAAGCCUAUCAAGUUCAUAUUAAACUUGAAAAGGCGGAGCAAGACUCCAUUUCAAAAGGUUCUAUAAGUCAAGAGUUUCUACCAAGAUUAGAAACUGCUAUUAACUGGAGAGCCAAUUUGGUUAAUAGAUGCUUGGAGUUGAUGCCAGAAGUUGAGCAGCAACAACUGAGGAGCGGAAACUGGACUGAGGGUGCUGUUAUUUCUCAAGAAGUUGAAAUUCCUGAUAAAUUUGAUGUUCCUCAGUUUCCGGAUUCCAGGUCAACCAGUUUAUUGAUUCCUUCAUCUGCAAAUUCUUCCCUCAUGCUGCAUAGAGAUCAAACGACUGGUUUGUUAAAUUCAUCAACUUUAGGAACUUCAACCAAAAUAAGCAUGCCUUUCCCCACUACUGGCCCUGAGCUUGGUACUUACGGUUCCCCAUCAAUUCGUCAUGAGGGGUUAUUUACUAAUAAUGAGGCGGUUCCAAAUCAUCAAGGUAAAAUUGGCAAAAUUCUUAGAUAUGAUAACACACCAACUCCAAGGAGUCAUAGGAUCCGUUUCAUGAAUGGUUCACCUCUGAAGGGAUAUAACAGAAAAUCACCAAGCAAUUUUCAGGAAAAUGUGCCAGAUAAAAUCUCGCCAGGAGUUGAACGGAAACUGCUUUUUGGCCAUAAUCAAAUUACCAGUCCUAUGUACUCCUCGAAAGCUACGGCUAAUCCUGCUACUAGAUCUACACUCAGCUAUCCAAAAGAAUUUGCGAAUGACUUUCCAAAUAUGUCUAGCUGGAAUGUCCAAUCACAUAAAGAUGGUGUAAGUUGGAAUAUAGGGUCCACUGAUGAUCCAAUGGAUGUUUCUCGGAGCCAUAUGGAGAAGUUAAAUACUGAAGAAAAUAUCAAUGGUGCACCAAGAUGGAGAUCUGAUGAAACUAGUGAUGGGGAAGAAGAGCAAGGUCUGGAAAGGGCUAUGGAUAUUGCUUAUUAUGCAACUCCAUCUAGGACAACUAGACGAAGCAGAGUUGCCAAGAGAUGAAAAUACAGCUUUUUUUUGGUAAAAAGAUUCUGGAAAUUUUAUGGGAAGAUACAGGAAAGGGCACAAGUAAAACAGAGUUGUUUAUAGGAUAAGAGCUGUUCCUUUUUGGAACUUCGGGUUUUUUUCUUAUGCAUUCACGCUGGCCUCGGUUGUGCAGCUAAUAUUCAGUGAAGGAAAUGUUAAUUUUAAAGGUGCAUUUUCUUACCCUUUUCCUUUAAUGUUUCUUCGAGUUAUUAUAGUUUUGGAGAACGAUUCAUUCAAAACAAUUCAAAGCUGUGUGGGUAUCUUACCGUUCCGUUCAAGUAGGUGAUGUAUCGAUAUUCUCUAUUAUGAAUGUAUGGAAGGUUGAGUUCACAAAAUUUUGUAAUCAGUUAUUGGUUUUGGUCUUCAUAUUACGAGGUGGCUUUUUAACUCAUUCAUCCCAAAUGGUCAUAUUCUUUCAGUCUUUUGUGGUACAAUUACAUUCCGUUGCGUACAAUGCAUGAUAUUGGUUUAGCUAUUUUGCGUUCUCCAAGUUGCAGUGUUACUAUGGGCUACCAAAUUCAGACCAUUUCAUGUGGAAUGCAGGAAAGAUUGUUCUAUUAUGAACCGAUUAAAUAAAAAAGGUUUGGUCUUUUUGACACCAAAAAUUUGAUAAUGAUUAUAUGAUACCCAUUGUAACAGCUACUUUAGAAUGAAGUUGAGCUCGUUAGCAUGAUGAGUUGAGAAAACAGUG